AUGGUGGUAGUUGGAGAUUUGCUUCUUCACCCGUUCGUCAGUGGAUGUCGUCUCUAUAAUAUUACCGGCAUGAGAAAUUAAACCCCAAAUCAAAGCCUCUUCAUUCCCCAAGUAAAAACAGGCAGCGACAGCCAGCACCCCGCCCAACCAAGCACCACCAUGUCAGGCGGUGGAAAUGGCAGCGCCGCCGUUCCCACUCACAUCGUGAUGUUCCCCUGGCUCGCCUUCGGCCACAUCAGCCCGUUCGCCCAGCUGACACGCAGGCUCAUCGUCGGAUCCAGCGACGGCGUCUUCCGCGUAACGUUCCUGACGGCCGCCGGGAACGUAACCCGCGUCGAGGCGAUGCUGGCGGAGGCCGCCGGGACGGUGAAGGUCGCGCCGCUGGACCUGCCCAGCGUGCCGGGCCUGCCAGCGGCCGCCGCAAGCACCGCAGAGCUCUCCGCCGAUGGCGCUGAGCUUCUAAAGGUCGCGCUCGACGGCACCCGGCCGCAGGUCGCCGCGCUCCUGGCGGAGCUCCGCCCGGACGCCGUGAUCUUCGACUUCGCCGUGCCGUGGGUCUGCGACGUUGCGGUGCCGCUCGGCAUCAAGCCGCUCUACUUCAACGUUUACUCCGCCGCGACCCUCGCGUUGGUCGCCGUCCCCGCUCGGUGCCCCGGCGGGCGGUGCCCGUCCGCGCACGACCUCAUGGCGGCCCCCGCCGGCUUUCCCUCGGACUCGCCGCUCGUCACGCUGCCGGCGUACCAAGCCGCCGACUUGACGUACGCGUAUGAGAGCUUCUACAGCAUGCCGAGCGUGUAUCACCGCUUCAUUCCCUGCUUCGAGGGCUGCGCCGCCGCCGUCAUGAAGACCUGUGCCGAGAUGGAGGGCCCCUACAUCGACUACUUCUCCGCGCAGAUCGGCAAGCCCGUGCUCCUCGCUGGCCCCGUCGUCCCGGAGCCGCCGCAAGGAGAGCUCGAGGAGCGGUGGUCCAGCUGGCUGUCCUCCUUCCCGGAGAACGCCGUCGUCUUCGCCUCCUUCGGCAGCGAGACGUUCCUGCCAGCCGCCUCAGCGACAGAGCUUCUCCUCGGCCUGGAGGCCACCAAUCGGCCGUUCCUGGUGGUGCUCAAUUUUCCCAAGGGUGCGGACGCCGAGGCAGAGCUCGCGGCGCGCGUUCCGCCGGGGUUGGAGGAGAGGGUGAAGGGGCGAGGGGUCUUGCACACGGGGUGGGUUCAGCAGCAGCGCAUCCUGCAGCACCCGAGCGUGGGGUGCUACGUGAACCACUCCGGGUUCAGCUCGGUGGUGGAGGGGAUCGCCGCCGGCUGCCGGCUGGUGCUGCUGCCCAUGAAGACCGAUCAGUACAUCAAUGCAGCGGUGUUCGCGCGCGAGCUCCACGUCGGUGUGGAGGUGGUGCGGCGCGGUGAGGACGGAUGGUUUGGCCGCGAUGCUGUCAGUGAUGCAGUAGCUGCUGCCAUGGCAGCCGGGGGGGACGGUGAGGGGAGGAAGUGGAGGGAAUUCCUUCUGGACGACGCUGUGCAGAAGGGGUAUGCAACUGAGUUCGUCAGGAAGCUCAAGGACCUUGUCAAGGUCGCUUAACUAGAUAUCAAAAAAGAAGGCGCCGAUUUCUCUGAGUACAAGUACUCUCCUGGUCUACAGGCUACAACUCACAAAUGCCAUCUGAAUUUGUAGUGUCGGUACUGUUAUAGUUGAAAUUGUAUUGAGUAUCUCCAACAGUCCCCAAUAAUUCUUUCCUAGUAACUGGAAUUGGAUGAUGUCAGCAUCUCCAAGAGUUCUCAAUCUCACUUCUCCAUCCUUAUUUGUUUGUAAAAGGGCAAAAAAACCAUCUCCAAUAGUUCUCUA